CUACCCGAGGAGGAGCCCCCCCGGCCGGCAGGAGGCUGCCCGACGGCCCGCUGACCCUCACCUGCUGCCCCGCGCAGCGCGAGCCCGGCACGAGCGCUCCGGACUUUACCGACAGCCGCUCGUCCACCGGAGCAGCCGGCGUGUUUUCAUUUGCCGGGUUUUAACGGUUUUAACGGUUUUAACGGUUACGCCGCAUCACGAUGAGUCUGAGGACCAACGGCUCCUCCGAGGAACUUUACGCCGGGACGCCGCCGACGGGCUCCAACCGCACCGCCGGCUCCCAGCAGGACGCCGCCCCGCUGGACCUGGGCCGGGCGGUGCCGGUGGGCAUAGUGCUCGCCUCCUUCAUCGCGUUCGCCAUCGCGGGGAACGUCCUGGUCAUCCUGUCGGUGGUCUGUAACCGACACCUGCGCAGCCCGACCAACUACUUCAUCGUCAACCUGGCCAUCGCGGACCUGCUGCUGGGCACCACGGUGCUGCCGGUGUCCGCCAUGCUGGAGGUGCUGGGCCGCUGGGUGCUGGGCCGCGUGUUCUGUGACGUGUGGGCGGCGCUGGACGUGCUGUGCUGCACGGCCUCCAUCUUGUCUCUGUGCGUGAUCUCCAUCGACCGCUACCUCGGGGUCCGCUACCCGCUGCGGUACCGCGGCCUGGUGACGGGGCGCCGCGCGUUGCUCGGCAUGCUGGGAGUCUGGCUGCUGUCCGCGGUCGUGUCCGUCGGCCCGCUGCUGGGCUGGAAGCAGCCGCCGUCACAGGACGCCGCGGUGUGCGCCAUCACCGAGGAGCCGUUCUACGCGCUCUUCUCCUCGCUCGCCUCCUUCUACGCGCCGCUCGCCGUGCUGCUCGCCAUGUACGGCCGCGUCUACGUGGUCGCCCGGCGCACCACCCGCAACCUGCAGGCCGGCGUGCUGAGGGAGCGCCUGAGGGACUCCCACGAGCUCACCGUGAGGAUCCACCGCGGCCACCCGGGCCCCGCCCCCGGCGCCGGAGGGGGUGGAGCCUCGUCCGCUCGCAGCCCGCUCGCCCUCAAGCUGCUGAAGUUCUCCAGAGAGAAGAAAGCAGCCAAGACGCUCGGCGUGGUGGUCGGCAUGUUCGUCCUCUGCUGGCUGCCCUUCUUCCUGGCGCUGCCCAUCGGCCUUCAUUCGGAUCCUGCGGUGUCGGUGGAAGAGGAAGUGUCCGGCGUCCUAUACCCACCGCUGCCACCAGGGGCCCUACACCUCGUCCUUCCUGAGUGGCAGCCAGCAGACCCUGUCCUCCAUCGGUCCCGGUCCAGGCUGCGGGCUCCACCCCCCACACGGCCCGCCCCCUCCGACCGAGACCCCGUCAGCAUGAAGAGCAGCAUGUAAUGUUUCACUGACGUGACCUUUAUUUUGAAAUCCUUCUCUCAGACUUACGUGAAGAAGCUCAGUGAUUCUGCUGAAUGUUGAUUUACUCUACAUGUCAACAGUUUGAUCACAGCAGAAAAGUGUGUUUUUGUGCGUGUUUGUGUGUGUUUGUGUGUGUGUUCGUGCUACUAUGCUAAGCUAGGCUAACCACUUUGUAUCACUGUUCCUUAAAUUGAGACCAUUAAGGAGUUAAAUGUUGUAAUUAAAGCUGAUAAUUUAAGUGAAUGAAUAAAGUACAAACCAAGACAACA